AGAUUUGCAUGAGAGAUGAAAGCGGCGGAGUGCUUUCGCUUGAAGCUGGUUGAUUACAUGUGCGAUUGUGGUCUGAACGUAUGCAAAUGUGAACUGGGUACAUGUGACUUGGAGUUGAUUUGGAUGUUGUUUAAGAUAGUGUGGGAAGAAGAGCGUGAUGAUUCAUAAAGUUUAUGGUGAAAUGGGAUGGAAAUUCAAGGGUAUUGCUGUGCUGAUAGCGCUGUAACAAUACUCUUUUUCUUGGGUAUUGUGUUUGGAACUUUCGAAAUGUCAUGGGGUUGAUAUCUAGAAUCAUGGUUCAGAUAACUGAUAUUUUUAAAUGCAUUGUUCCGUUGAAUGGUGAUCUAAUAUACUGCCGAUGUAUUAUAUGUUGGUAAACAUUAGUGACAUUUCUCUGAAAAAAUAAAAAAAAUAUAGAAUUUGGUUUGAACUGAGGAAAUACAAUUCCCAGUAUUUUUCCCUUUAAAUUAUGCAAGUGUUAUUUUGAAGCUGAGAAUUAUCAAUCUCGUGGAAGGUUCUACAUGCAUUUUGAUUUUUUGCUGGUAUUCUGGAAAGAAUGGCUAACAAUUCUAUUGAAGAAGUUAAGACAAUUAUCCGUGGACUUCUAGUUUCAUCACCUGUAGAAGUAACUGUGUUGAAAUUGCGUCGUGACUUCAAAGCACAAGAGGGUCAAGAUAUACCCUUUUAUGAAUUUGGGUUUCGUGAUGUCACAACAUUUCUGAGAUCUAUACCAGACGUUUGCAAGGUCUGUAAAAAUGAUAGUGGUCCAUAUGCAAUUGUCAAACUUGUAGAAUCUGUUAAGAGUGCUCAUGUUAGUUCUCUUGUUUUGCGACAAAAAACAACUUUCAAAGGCAAGCGACGACAUUCAAGUUUUUCAAUCAAAGCAAAACCGUCACGUAUGUGUGUCAAACCUGCCAUUGGUAGUUUCAGAAAUAAAACUGGACCAGUGCGUUUUGAAGUUCAAAAAAAUGGAUAUUUGCCAAAAACUGACUUUAGUUUUUCUAGAUACAAUGAAGCAUCAAAUAAAAAUCAUUCCAAUCUACCAGAUCUUCCUGUGUAUAAUUCUGUGCAUCAAGCAUGUAAUGGAUAUGAUAACAAUGUGGAAACAUGGCUGUAUGGUAAUGAAGAGCAAUGUGAAGUGCAAGACAUUUACCCUUCAAUACCUGAUGCAAGUGGAAGUGAAUUUGUGGACCUGGAGCCAAUAGUUGAUCAGCAUUUGCGUGAUAUUUUGAUAAGUGAUGAGGGAUUAGCAUUAAAAGAUGUUGAAGAAUAUUUGAGAGACGUCCUGUCUACUAGUGAAACAAAUUAUAGUGAUUUAAAUGCAGUUAAUUUCGAACAAAUUAUACGAAAUUUACCGUAUGUUAGGAUUCUGGAUAAUUGCAUAUACCAUGAACAGUUCCUGACUUCUGAAUAUGAAGAGUUACUCCCAGAAGAAUCUUUCAACAAACCAGAAAGUCCAAUAGUGGAAAUAAAGGAGCCUCUGGAGGUUAAGAGUUCCAAAAACAGUGAGAAAGGAGAAUUAACAGCCCAUGCCAGUCCAUUUGUUCCUCAAGGGAUUAAUGAAAAAGCUCACAGACUUGAAAGAAAUCUACAUUCUUUAAUGAAAGAUAAUGUACAUGGGAUUCUUGGAUCAGAACUGAGGGAGAAGUACAAGAUGAAGUUUGCAGCUCCGUUAAACUUUCAGAUUUUAGGCUGCGAGAAUACACAAGAAUUAGCAUUUAAAAUGCCUCACAUAUUUAGCUAUGUUCCAUUGGAAAAUGGAGCCUUUAAAUUAUUUCCUUAUGGCUACCCUCUGGAAAGAACUUCAAAAGGAGAAGAUUCAAAGCCAAAGGUGAUGAUACACGUUCCAGAGAUUACCAAAAGGAAUAUGCAAUGGCUUAUGCAAGGGUACCCAAAUGGACUAAAUAGUAAAGAUUUUGAGCAAACAUAUAAGGAUACCUAUUUGCAAGGCGUAGACUUGAAGCAAAUGGGUCUAUCUUCUUUUCAAGAAUUUUUUCAAUGUUUGGAAAAAUUAAAUGUUAUAAAAAUUGAAGUGAGUGGUUCGGAUACUUGGUUGUUUCCUUCUAAUAAUUCUGCAAAUUUAAUAGUUUUUGACAAACCCCUCCCAUUUAAAGAAAUAAUUGAGAAUGAGCAUGAUUUAAAAAAUAUCAAAGAACAAUUUCCUAGGGAUGUUGUUGGUCCAGAUUUGCAUGUUCAGCAAGUUGAAAUUCCUUCUUGGGUAACGAAGGGAUCUCUGAUAGAAGUUCUUGUUCAAGAAGUGAACAAUCCUCAUCACUUUUGGGUAACUUUUUGUGGUGAGCAGUAUUCCCGAGCUCUGGAUUCUCUGAUGGAUGAUUUGCAAGCCUUCUAUUGCUCAAAAAGUCAUAGUUACCGCAUGCCUUCAGAGUUUAUAAGGGAAGGUCAAGAUUGUGUUACACAGUUUGUAGAUGAAUGGCAUCGUGCAAGAGUCACGAGUAUUGUUAGUGCAACUGAAGUUGAAGUUUGUUUUUAUGAUUAUGGAACUAGGAGAAUAGUCCAAAAGAACAACAUACAUUAUUUACACACUGCACAUUCAGCUUUACCUGCACAAGCUAUUCGUGCUGUUCUUGCUAAUAUUGCUCCUGUGGGUGACAAAUGGACUCCAGAUGCAUCAAAGAGAUUCUUACAUUUGAUAGCCAAUAAAGCACUAAUUGGAAUUGUAAUUUCUGCUGAUUUUACUAACAAAUUAUUUUCUCUUUUCCUGUGUGAUACAUCUGGUGAUGAUGAUAUAUACAUUCAUGAAGUUUUGAUCUCUGAAGGUUAUGCUGUAGAAACAGAAUUCGAUUAUAAUGAAAAAGAAUCCAACAAGAUUGAUAUAAAUGAUUUGAAAAUAGAAGGAGCUAACAGUGGAAGUCUCCAUAUGAUGGAAGAGGAAUGUGAAGAGGCGCAACCAAAUGAGAGUUGUGACAAUUUGGAUGUACACAUUGAGUCACCUCGUAUCUUAAAUAGCAUUAAUCAUGAUGAUACUUCUCUUCAGUUGGAUACUGUUCAGGUUCAAAAAUCUCAGAACUCUUCAAGAAUAUCUUCUCAGUCUUCUUUGCCAAAUGCAAUGACAAAGGAUAGCUUGAAUAGUUCACCAUCAGUUUCUAAAUCUUUUUGUUUUGAUGGGUCAUCUGUGUCUUCUGAUGUAAGUGCUUCAGUUGUGAUGAAAACUGAAAAUAAUUCUUUAGGACAUCGACAACAGAGUGCACCUCCUCCUGGUUUCUCCCAUACUUCAAAGUGCGAGAUUGAAUCAGAUGCUAGCGACAGAACAGAAUCUCACACUCGUAGUGUUGUUAGUGGAAACAAUCGGAAUCAACAAAGUGAAACUGAACUUGAGGCAACCAAAACGAAUGCUAGUCAUGAUAUCGAAAGUGAAGAAAGAGACGGUGUUAGAGACACUGCAAAUGAAACAAGUGAUCAUGGUGAAACUGUGAAAGGCAUCAGUUCAGGAGUAAAUGCAAAUUUUUCACACACAAAAGCUCCCUAUUUUCAGAACUAUUAUGCUUACUCCAAUUGGCCUACACUUCCACAAACUUUUCCCAAUUUUCCAGUUAUGCCAUCCUUUCCAUCAGUUAAUACUCUUGCUCCAAUUUCUUUGGCGCCUUUCAAUGUGCCUCCGUUACCAAAUCCAUUGGAGUUUUGCAACAUGUGGUAUUAUGAGCAAUGUAGACAGCAAGCAUUUUUGCAAGGUUUGUUGGGUCAUCAACAGAUGGCUGCCUCAGCAUUUCCACCAUUGCCUCCUGGUUUGUUUUUACCUCCGAGCUAUUCUACAAUGUCGUCUCAAAAUCACAUGAAUAUUUCAGAAGUACAUUCACCUGAUCAGUCUCCAUCUACGAAAAGUAAUUUUAAGGAAAAUUCUUCUGUUGCUCGGGAUGCAUGCAUUAAUACAGCAACACAAACUGAAGUAGCUUCUGUAGAUAAAGGAAGUGAUACAAAGUUGACUCAGGAAAAGAGUACUGGAGAGGUGUCUUCCCUUGAAGCAGUACCAGAGUUCAUCCCGUCUGAUUUCAGUUCAAUGACAAAUGAGGAUGGUAUAUCCUUGUUGAAACAAUGUUCCAGAAGUGAAUUUCUUGAGAGUGAAAAUAAAGAUAGUAAUAAUCGUGAUGUUUCCUCUCAUUUUGAAUCUGCUCUAGAGGAUUCGACUGAAGUAACUUCUAAAGACAUUGUAGAAAAUAGCAUUUGUGGUUCAACCUUCCUAACAAUUGAUGCAUUUAGUCAGGGUAACAAGUUUAAAAAUGAUUUAGGACUUGGUUCACAAUGUAGUGUUUUAGAAGAUUUAACAAAGAAGGCUUCAUCACAUACCAACCUCACUUCAGUUGAUGAUACUCAUAAUUGCAAUGAUUCUCAAAGUAAAAUUGAAAAAGCACGUGAAAGUGGUUAUUUAGACAAAGAAUCUAUUAAUGUAUCUGCUGUGACAAAUACUUGUGUGGAUAGGUCUCUUCUUGAAAUUUGUAAUUUAGAGGAUCAGUAUUGUAAAGAAUUACCUUUACAAAAUAUUCUUGACACACAAAGGGAGUGUAAUACCAAGUCAGCAAGGAAGGAAAUUGUGCAUCAAAUUGAUAGAGAUGUAAAUAAUGUUCACCAUCUUGAAGAAGAAAGUGAGGCUACACAAAUGAAAGGCAGUUCGAAAAUUUCACAAAACGUAUAUAUCAGUUCUGGUGUGAAAGGUCGAUGCACAGAAAUUGAAGAGAAAGAAAUUGCUCAGGUAGAAUUUGUCGAAACCCCUUUUGAGGAAGAAAUUGACUUACAUGAAGAUGACUGUCAUGAACAGGAAAUGAUAGAAAAAGCUCAACAAGAAUAUGUUAUGAAGACCUGUGCUGAGAAUAAUAGACACACCAAUGCAGCUGAAAAUACAUCUAGAGAAAAGAAAGCUGCAAUUCACAAUAAAUUACUUGCAAGAGAAUAUCUUGAUAUGAUUAAAGAGGAGAAAACAAAUAGUGAGGUUUCAAGUGGAAUUCAGACUUCAUUUUGUGAAAAAUAUUCUUUUGAAUCUAGUGAAAAGAAAAAGGUUGGGAAAGGUGAUACAAAGGACUGGUUAGAUAAAUUUGAAGAUACUACUGAUCACCUAUUAGAACAAGAACAUUUAUUAACUGUAUCCCAAGGAAAUUCUUGCAGAAGUUCUGGAAUACCUUCAAUUCAUGAUUCUUUUCAAGAAUCUCAGAAGACUUCUGCAGUAUCAGAAAUGCUGAGUGCUGAGUUGGAAGAUCUUUCAAUAUCAAAUGAGCGUCAAGAUUCAAUUUACUCUAGACAAUUUGUUCAACAGAGUGAAACUUAUCGGGAACAUCCUGGUGUAAAAGCACAAAAACAAGAGUUUCACAAUAAUCUAUCAAAAGUAGAUGAAAGAAUUGCCAAUUCAGUGGGCAAGGCACAGACCAAUCUUUCAAAAGAAGUGCAGCCAGUUAUUGGACCUAAAUUGUCAAGUGAAGUGUCUGCAACCUACAUUUCUGGACCAACUCAGCCAGCAAUGUCUCAAAAUUCACACAUUCUUGCACCAACCAGGUGUCCUGAUCAAUCUAAGGAUAAUGUGUCUGAUACACUACUUUCAUGUCAGACAGCCAGUUGGAGAACAACUUGGAGUUCAGAAGAACUCGGUAGGAAAAGUCUUCAAAGGCCACUUGCUCGAGAUUCAUCAAGGAAUACUCCAUUUCGAAACUCAGCUAACCAAAGUUCAACCAACUGGCAUAAAGAUAGUUCUGGAAAGCGUAUGAUGAGUCAGCAGUUUGUUAAAAAGAUAUAUCUCUGCAGCAAGAAAAUCCAUCAAAUUAACUUGGAUGGAAGACCUUAUGUGCUUACUGAUGAAAUUGUCGAUUACUUUACUCCAUUCAAUGGUCGCCAUGUAAUAUUAAAAAUUUUGGAGGCUCGAAAAGUUGAAAUUAAUUUCCUGGAAUUGUCAAGGAGAAGGCGCCCUGAACUUUUUGAAUGUCUAGAUAAAUCUGAAAUUGUAUGCAGAGGCUUGAACAGAGGCCCCACUGGAAAUGUAAUUGGCAGCAUCCAUAUUGUUCCUUUAAGAUCAGUGCCUUAUAUGUUACGUGCUCUUAAUAAAGAUGAUGAGGCCCUUGCAAUGGAAGUGAAAGAAGAAAUGGAAAAAUUUGAUGCUAGUGAUCCAUAUUGGACUGGAUGUCGUGAUUGAAUUUGAGACUUUGAAGACAUGAUAGUUCAUUUUAUGGUGUGAUAUUUAAUAUUAAUGCAGCUGUUGUGUGUCCUGCAAUUCUUUUCAUUCUGGAGUGCUAUGAAAGCAUUAGAAGUCAGUGAGAAAUUUGUAUUAUAUAAUAUAGGUAGUCCAGUACCUGGUAUUUCUGUUUUUUGUUGAGAAGUUUGGUGCAAGUGUUCAAAGACUGCUUCUUAAUGAAAGAAGCUAAAAGAACAUUACUCUAAUUAUCUAAACAAGUAGUGUAUGUGAUUUAAAGUAUUUAAGUUGUCAAGUUGUAAUAUUUUUUCCAUGUUUUCAUAAAUGCUUAUUUAACUUUUUCAUUCAUGUGAGAUGUUAUAAUUUGUACGUUAUUAAGAUUCCUUUUCUUACACAAUUGUUGUAAGUAGGCGUAUUUAUGGUUUCUUAGCAAGUGUUAAAUUAUAUUAUGGAUGACGUUUAUGACUACACUGUGAUUUUUAGCCUAAAUAAACACUCAUAGCUAUGUAUUGCUUGCAUCAAGUUGCUUGUUUGCCCAAAAACACUGAAAGAAAAGGAAGAAACUGCCAGUAUGGUGUUGUUUUUCGUUUUUUAGUAAAAUUUUUUUCUUUCUUUCUGAUAUUCUCUUGAACUCAGAAAAUAUUAAAAUUUCAGAAUCUCUUUAAUGUGUUUGUAUAUUUUCAAAAAACAGUAAUGCCAUUUAUAUUCAUAUCUUAAUUUAAAAUUGAAGUCUUUAUAUCUUUAGAUUUUAUUGUGCAACUGCAUUAUAAUAUCCAUGUUUAAAUUUAAGUAACAUUUUUUAUUGUUUUUGAAACACUUGUAUAAAUAGUUAUUUCUUAGUUAUGAGCGACAUUGAAUUUACUUUUCAAGAAUUUUGAUAAUUGUAAAGUCUUUCUUAUUUAGGUCCUGCCACCUAUUUCUUUGAUUAGAGUAUGCUAGUCUUUUCUCUUCAAGUACGAAUUGUAACUAGGAAGCACAUUUCUACAGAUUAUAACAUCAUAUAUUUUUUUAUUGAAUGAUAUGCAGUAAUUUAAGAAAUGUAUUUAACAGUUAAGCUUUGUUUAAAACUUUUUAUCUACUGUUUCAUUGAUAGUGAGGUAUCAUUACUCAGGAAAUAAACUUGUUUUUCUAAGUAUUCAAA